GCAAAAUCAUUUCAAUUAUUCGAAAAUCAACGAUCGACGCUCAAAGUAUAAUUUUACGCGAUUCGAAAACAAGAAAGUUUUAACUAAAGAAUUUUUAUUUUUGUAAAUAAUUAAAAUAAUAAAAAAAAAAACAAUAAAAAUGGAUUGUCUAGCCAAUAUUGUUAAAUAUAUUUUAUAUAUUUUUAAUUUAAUAUUUGUGAUAUGCGGCAUAUUAUUGAUAGUCUUGGGCUCUCUUAUGCUUAAAAAUAUCGGAGAUUUUUCAGAUUUUCCUGAAGCCAACACCGAAACAAUACCCAUUUUAAUUAUUAUUUUGGGUUGUAUAGUCUUUGUAGUGGCGUUCUUCGGUUGCUGUGGUUCUAUAAGAGAGAGUAUUUGCUGCACAACAACAUAUGCUGUGUUUAUGUUUAUACUCUUUGCUUUACAAGUGGCUUUGGUGGUUUGGAUUUUUGUUAAACGUCAACAAUUCCUCAAUACCAUGGGUGAAGCCGUUGAUAAGGCCUGGGAAAAGAACGAUUCUGCCAAUGGCUAUCCCAUGAAUGCCUUACAGAUUGCUUUGAAUUGUUGUGGCAAAACUAGUUACCUGAACUAUGGCGGCAAUGUGCCAAGCUCAUGUUGUGGUACAAUGACAGGCGAAUGUCCCCAAAGCGUGUAUGUAAAUAAACCUGGCUGCCGUGACACAUUUGUAGACUUUUGGGCCACUAAUACUAAUAUUAUACGUUAUGCUGGUAUCGGUGUGGCGCUAGUGGAACUUGUUGCCUUCACAUUUGCCUGCUGUUUAGCUAGUAGUAUACGCAAAUCGAGUCACAGGAUGUAAAUUUUAAAAUAGAUUUUAGAAUAUUCCUUUUUAUUUCAUUAAAUUAAUGUAUUUUUUACACAAAUUCAUCUCAUUAUUUCAUCUACAUAUAAAAUAAAUAGUUUAAUAGCAAAAUUA